CUAUUUCCUUCACCGUUGUCUCACCGCAGACGGACUGCAGGGGGCGCCAGGCUAAUCGUGAUUGAGGAAUUAGAGUGAACACCAACCGCAGAUGGAGCUUUGAGUACACGUGGAGACUGUGUUUGUUUUUAUACAUAAGGGAAGAAAAGAUAAGUUAACCUUCUUAAAUGUCCCACUGGACUUUGUAACGCCGGAGAGGGAGGUCAAACCGCACGACGGAAGAUUGGCUUAACCUGUUAGCAUAAAGCUAAAGCGGAUAAACGGGCGCUGCUGUAGCCAACAGGUGGAGCACGAUCUACAGGCUACAGGCUACAUGCCAUGUCUUUCUGACAGUUUGUGUUGUUUAGGUCCCACCAGGGUGUGAAGUCCUGACAGUACACAGCAGAGGCAGAAACAGAGACGAGAAGAGGUGAAAGACGAACCAACUGACUGAGACCAGACUGGUCCAGAAGUGGCUCGAAUCAGACUAAAACACUAAAACUUCCACCUUUAAAAACAAUGGACUCGGAGUCUUUGAACCGCUGCAUUCAGACGGCUCUGGCAGCCCUGUACCCGCCCUUCCAGGCCACGUCCCCGACCGUCCUCUGUCAGGUCCUCAGUGUGGUGGAGGCCUGCUACAGAGGAGACGGUCUCCGUUACCUGAUCCACUUCCUGCUGCCUGCCAAACAGUUCUUACAGAAGCUCCAGCAGGAAGCCUGUUCUCCUUUCUGUGGACUCGUGUUUCGUCAUGAAGGCUGGCCUCUGUGCGUCCAUGAGAAGGUGGUCGUCCAGCUCUGUCCUCUGAAUCAGCGCCUCCUCAAUCCAGGAGACUUUUACCUUUUGGUUGCUCCUCCUGCUGCUCUGCCUCAACCCCACGUCUCCUGCAGGAGCAGCAGCGUGGCCCCGCCUCCCCGCCUGCUCCUGUGCAGCCUGUCUGCCGGCGGCCGCCAUGUUAAGCAGCAGGAGGUGUCCACGGUCUCUCUGAGGACGCUCUUCAGCAUGUCCUGGCUGGACUCCAUCAACAGGGACAGGAAGCAGCGAGGAGCAGCAAGGCUGGAGCGUUGCCUCCUCUCCACCAAUGGGGACGUCUUCAGGGUCCCCUGGGAGGACCUGGUCUACCCACAGUUCAUCAGUGGGCCAAGGACUGUCCCCAAGGAUGACCAGGAGUCUACUGUUAGAGGCGGGGACACAAAAUCUUCCAUUCAGGAAGGAAAGCUCCACCCACCCACCACAAAAACCAACCAAUCAGCAGCCAGCAGCGAGGGGGACGACUCAGAGGGGGAGUACGUGGAGCUGACGGAGCUCCCGCUGCCUCGGUUCUCCCCCCAGAUAGGUUCUUUAACCCAGUCCAUCAGCCUCCAGAACCGGACCAGAACCACCACACAGUUCCAGCCUGGGCCCAGCAAGCAGAACCAGAACCAGGAGCUCUGUCGGCCCGUCUUCUUCACCCACGUCUCCUCCUCUGAUCCUCCUCAAGCAGCUUCCAGGAGUCAGCCAGUGCAAACAACAGGUACUGGUUCUGAAGGGAGUCUGGACCUGAGACCAGAACCUGAAACCUGCUCAGAACAGGAAGGAGGUGUCGGCGGUGAGUCUCCUUCGGUCCUGUCGGAGGUUUGUCUGUCUGGUUUCAGUCCAAUAGAACCAGAACAACCAGCAGCUGGUCCUACAGUUCCAGUCCAGUCCUCCCAGUCCAGAUUCCACAGUGUGCUGCUGAGUUCUGGAGCUGUGUGUCUGCCUGGAACCAGGGACAGAGGAGGACGUCCUCUCCUCACCGUCUGCUCCUCAGACUCUGUGUGGUCCAACCCAGGAUGCAGCAGCACCGAGCUGCUCCGCCUCCUGCUCUACUACACCUCCACCCUCAGGAAGGAGGUGCAAGCAUUGGGUCUGACAGUUCUGGUGGAUGCUCGUAGAGCUGCUCCUUCGUCCACCUUGUUCUCCGCCCUCCAGUUGCUGCAGGAGGAGAGGCCGGGCUCCAUCCAGUCCAUCUGCAUCCUUGUGAGCAAAGACUCGUGUGUACGUCUGGAACGACCUGCAGCCUUUCAGGUGGAGGUUGUGAGUUCACUGAAGUCUCUGCAGAAGCAUGUGGAGGUCCAGCAGCUUCCUGCAAAGUUUGGAGGAUCAUUCAGCUUCAGCCAGAGCAGCUGGAUCAGCUUCAGAUCGAGAGUCGAGCAUCUGACCAAUCAAUGUGAAGACGUCAUCACGCUGCUGCAGGAAACCAUUAGCACCCUGCAGAGCUCAGCUUUACCUGCUGCUGCCCAGGAUGCUGAGCUGCAGCUGUCCAGGUACAAGUUGAUAAUGAGUAGCAUCCUGGCAGACAGCCGAUUGGUCCAGUUGCAACAGGAGGGCGGGGCCUCUCUAGCCUGGCUCCGCAGGGAGGAGGGAGGCAGCAGUGCACCGGAGGAUCAGCGGGCGGCGGUGGAGACUGUGUCAGUUCUGUAUGAUCAGGUGGACGAGCUGCUGCACUGCCUGGUGACCCUGUCCAACUCCAGGACCCAAGAGCUGAACUUCAUCGUAGACUUCAAGAGUCUGGAGCAGGGCUUCAGCCAGGUGAGGACGUGGCUGGAGGAGGUUGGAGAUGUCCGUCUGAAAGAUCUGGAUGAAGCUGCAGAUUCUCUGGAACUUCUCUACAGUAAACAGCAGGAGUUCAAGGACUUCUACACAACAGCUUAUAACCACUGUAAACAAGGCGAGGAGCUGCUGGCCCGUCUGGACCAAUGGGACAACCUUUCUUCGGCUGAUCUCCAUGUCUUCGAAGUGAAAGUUCAUGCCUUCUGGGCUCAGCUGCAGGACUUCUCUCAGCGGGUCAACGGAACCGGGAAGAACAUUGAGCGGGCCGUCCAGCUGUACCGCUUUCUGGACCAGGCCUAUGGAUGGGCGUUGGAGGGCAUGCGUCACCUCGCUGGAAUCAGUAUGGAAGACUGCACGCUGCCAGACAAAUGUCAGGCUGUGAUUGGCUGCUUGGAGGACUACCAGCGCAAACACCCUCCAAUCCCAGAUGGGCGUUUUCAGGACAUGAAAGCGGAGGCGGGGGAGCUACGGGGGGAGCAUGGCCUCUGUCAGUGGAGCUUCGCCUGGUCCAAAUGUCAGGAGACCCAGAUGAUGUUCAGCAGGAAGAUGGAGGCAGCACUCAAGACGCGAGACUCCGCCCACAGACGGCGCUCUGGCUCUGUCACCAGCAGAAGCUCCACUUCCUCCAGGAGGACUCUGUCAGGACUCUGGGGUCUCCGUGAGACCUCCUCCUGUCCUCCAGAGAAGAAUACCUCCCCUCCCACCCCUCAGCACACCCCCCUCCUCCAGCGUCUCCUCCGCAGCUCCUCCUCUGAGGAGUCCUCGGACAGGGUGGACAUGUGCUCCCCCAGUCCCAGCCUCCCCCGCCUUAACUCCUCCCCCAGCUUCAUCCCCUCCUCCUCCAACAGGCGGCAGCAGCUGAGGAAGGCUCAGAGCUUCGACUGCCCCCCCACCCCUGAGGUGUGCCGUUGUGGCCCUCGUGCCCUCAGUGAGCCAGUUCGCCACGGAAAUACUGGCGUGUUCAUCCGCGGGCUGGAGGUCAGCAGCACGGAGGCGGCUGACCGGACACUCUGCCCCAGGACGGCUGCUCCCGGCUGGGCAACGCCAAGCAGCCCCGGUACCCCUGCCACAGAGAGCCGACCCAGAGGGAGUAAGCUGCGUCAUAUUGUGGAGGAGAUGGUGACCACGGAGCAGGAGUACGUCCGCUCGCUGCGUUACAUCAUCCAUCACUACUUCCCUGAGAUGGACCGGGCCGACGUUCCUCAGGACCUGAGGGGGAAGCGCUCCGUCGUGUUCGGGAACCUGGAGAAGCUCCUGGACUUCCACAGCCAGUUCUUCCUGCGGGAGCUGGAGGCCUGCUGGAAACACCCACUGAGAGUCCCACACUGCUUCCUGAGACAUCAGGAGCAGUUCAGUCUCUACGCUUUGUACAGCAAGAACAAACCCAAGUCUGACGCUCUGCUGGCCAACCACGGACACGCCUUCUUCAGGAAGAAGCAGCUGGAGCUUGGAGACAAGAUGGACCUGUCCUCAUACCUGCUGAAGCCCAUCCAGAGGAUGAGUAAAUACGCUCUGCUGCUCACCGACCUCAUGAAGGAGGUGGGCAUGACGCAGGAGGCGGAGCUUACUGCACUGCAGGCCGCCACCAACAUGGUGAAGUUCCAGCUUCGCCACGGCAACGACCUGCUGGCCAUGGACGCCAUCCGAGACUGUGAUGUGAACCUGAAGGAACAGGGUCAGCUGAUCCGUCAGGAUGAGUUCACUGUCUGGAGUGGCCGUAGGAAAUGUCAGCGUCACAUCUUCCUGUUUGAGGAGCUUGUUCUCUUCAGUAAACCCAAGAAGAUGGAGGGCGGGCUGGACGUGUUCAUCUACAAACACUCCUUCAAGACGGCAGACGUGGGUCUGACCGAGUCAACGGGGGACACCGGGCUGAAGUUUGAGAUCUGGUUCAGACGGAGGACGUCCAAGAACCACACCUUCAUCCUUCAGGCCGCAUCAGCUGACGUCAAACACGCGUGGACGGGCGACAUCGCCCGGAUCCUUUGGAACCAGGCGACCCGGAACAAAGAGAUGCGUCUGAAGGAGAUGUUGUCCAUGGGCGUCGGGAACAAACCGUUUCUGGACAUCCAGCCGAGUGACGCCGCCAUCAGCAACCGGGCCGUUCACUGCAUCAUGAAGAGCAGAGGAGCCAGAACGCGGGCGUCCAUCGCCGUCUCUGCAUUUGAUAAUUCACAUCCCUUCAAACGAGGAGCCGGGACCUCUGACCCCCCCGCAUCAGGACCGUCUUCCACCAGCCUGCUGGGACCCCUUAACCUGCACCUGUACAGUCAGCCGCUCCCUGCUGCUCCUGCCAACUCCGCCUUCACGUCGUGUGUUGAGGAAGACGAGCAGGAGACCGGCAGCCAGCCCUCCAUGACCACAGAAAGUUCUGGUUCUUCGUCACGUUGCCUCUCUGGUUCCACCGGCUCCGAUAGCGGCUGCGUCUCCUCCCACCUCCAGGAGGCGCUGCCCGAGGAGCCCCGCCCCCACCGCCGGCCCUCUUCGUUUUCCUCCAACAAGCAGCACCUGAAUAGUGACUUCAUCACACCUAAAACUGCUCCGGUCCUCGGUCCUGCCUCCGUCAUCUGAUCUUUAUUGUUGGAUCGUCUUCCUCACAGGAUGCUGCUGUUGGGGUGUUUCCUGCUGUCUGGAGUCGGUUUGAACAUCAGAAAGAAAACAAAAAUGUUCUGAAAACAGCUGAUUUCUUCGUUUAUGUAAAUAUUAGUUUAUCAGGUUUAAACAUGACCUCGUUCUGUUGUUUCUGACCUGAGGUCAGUCUACAGGUGUGUUACCUGGUCCAGGAUCAGCCAGACUGACUGUACAUGUGUGUAAAUAAAAAGCACAGGUGACGUCUGUUGACACUUUUCAUACUUGAACAUUAAAAAUGUUUGAAAACAGA